GUUUGAGACGCCGAAGCGGCCCUAUGGCGAUGGAUCCGUGGGCAGCGCCUACGAUGACUGGACCAGAGAAGGUGUCUUGGAGCACUACUGGGGAGAGCACAUCCACAUGGGCUCAUACACUCCGAUGGAGAAGCAGAGUGGCUACCGCAAGAAGGAUCCCUUCUUCCUGGCCCUCUUCCGGGCGACCUUUGGCCGUCUCAAGGACUUCAAGGAGGCAAAGAUAGACUUCACGAACGAAAUGAUCGACUGGAGCCGUGCGAAAGCACCGAAGAAGAUCUUGGACGUAG